ACUAGUCCAUUAUUAAGCGCAGCUUUUCCCUAAAACUCUCCGUUUACUUCCUUCUCCGGCUCACGGCCUCCGGCCUCCGCCCUCGGCUCCUCCGGUUCUCCGCACUCGGCAUCUCCAACUCAAAGUCUCGGCGUUAGUUUUCCUACUCACUUCAUUGUCGGAUAAUCGAUUUAUUCCCCUUAGCAGAAAUGGUUAUUCCUCCACCAGUUAGACCAGAAAGAGUGACAAAGUUCCUCAAACCUUAUGUCUUGAGGAUGCACUUCACCAACAAAUAUGUGAAUGCUCAAGUAGUCCACACACCAAGUGCAACAGUUGCCACAGCUGCCAGCACACAAGAGAAGAGUUUGAGGUUGGGGAUGAUAGAAGCGAAAGAAAACACCCGGGAUGUUGCUGCUGCUGCAAAAAUAGGCAAGCUGCUGGGGGAGCGACUGCGGGUCAAAGGCAUUCCUGCUGUUUCUGUUUUCUUCAAAAAGGAUCAGAGAUAUCAUGGAAAGGUCAAAGCUGUGAUUGAUUCCAUCAGGGGAGAAGGAAUUGAAUUGGUUUGAAUUUGGAUUCUGAUACUACUAUUUGCUGCUGACUGAUGAAUAAUUCCCAGUUUAUUUCAUGGUGUCUCUCUUGAACAAUUUAUGCUAAAAAAAAUUGGGUUAUUUGAUUCAAAUGCAUUGUGGGGAAGGGAAACUGGAAAUAUAAUAUUUUUUAGGGUGCUAUGCACCAAAGGACUAAUGCAAGUUUAUUGGUACAACAAACAUUGAAAAGUUAGCGCAGAUUCAUCA